AUGAAGCAGCUCCCACCACUACCCCCCCCAGUGCAACCCCAUAUGAAGCCACUACCACCACCAGAAACCCCUCCCCUAAAAGCCACUACCCCCAAACCAGCAAAAACCCCUCACAUAACCCCCUACCACCACCGCACACCCCACUUUAACCACUACCACCCCAGGAAAUCUCCCCUUUUAAAACCCCCCGGACUCAAACCUCCUGCUCCCUUUAAAGUGACAUCAAGCAUCAUUUUGAAAACCCCGGAACUGCUCGCAAACAAACCUGUGGCCCAACUUGAAAACCCUGAGUCCUUUUUCCAUUCGGGGGCGAGCAUUUUGCCCGGAUGA